AUGAAGGCACUCAUCCUAGUGGGAGGCUAUGGGACGCGGCUGCGACCGCUGACACUGAGCAUUCCGAAACCCCUGGUGGACUUCUGCAACAAGCCCAUCUUGCUGCACCAAGUAGAGGCGCUAGCCGCGGCUGGCGUGGACCAUGUGAUUCUGGCCGUGAGUUACAUGUCUCAGAUGCUGGAAAAGGAAAUGAAAGAGCAGGAGCAGAAGCUAGGAAUCCGCAUCUCAAUGUCUCAUGAAGAGGAGCCUUUGGGGACAGCUGGGCCUCUGGCAUUGGCCCGUGACCUGCUGUCUGAGACCGAAGAGCCCUUCUUUGUCCUCAAUAGUGAUGUGAUCUGUGAUUUUCCCUUCCAAGCCAUGGUGCAGUUCCAUCGGCACCAUGGCCAGGAGGGCUCCAUUGUGGUGACCAAGGUGGAAGAACCCUCCAAGUAUGGUGUGGUGGUGUGUGAGGCUGACACAGGCCGGAUUCACCGGUUCGUGGAGAAGCCGCAGGUGUUUGUGUCCAACAAGAUCAAUGCAGGCAUGUAUAUCCUGAACCCAGCAGUGCUGCAGCGGAUCCAGCUGCAGCCCACGUCCAUCGAGAAGGAGGUUUUCCCCGUCAUGGCUAAAGAGGGACAGCUGUAUGCCAUGGAACUGCCGGGCUUUUGGAUGGAUAUUGGGCAGCCCAAGGAUUUCCUCACUGGCAUGUGCCUCUUCCUCCAGUCACUGCGACAAAAGCAGCCUGAGCGGCUCUGCUCAGGCCCUGGUAUCGUGGGCAACGUACUGGUGGACCCAAGUGCCCGCAUUGGUCAGAAUUGCAGCAUCGGUCCCAACGUAAGCCUGGGCCCUGGUGUAGUGGUGGAGGAUGGCGUGUGUAUCCGACGGUGCACAGUACUGCGGGAUGCCCACAUCCGUUCUCACUCCUGGCUUGAGUCCUGCAUUGUGGGCUGGCGCUGCCGAGUGGGCCAGUGGGUACGCAUGGAGAAUGUGACAGUGCUGGGCGAGGACGUCAUAGUUAACGAUGAGCUUUACCUCAACGGGGCCAGUGUGCUGCCCCACAAGUCUAUUGGCGAGUCAGUGCCGGAGCCUCGAAUCAUCAUGUGAGGGUGUGCCAUGGGGCUGGUGGAGCUCCUGCUUCCCCGUCAGCAAGGGAAACACAUGUUCGGAAGCCCUGGACUCGUUGCCAUCUGUCUGAGGAGGAUUGGAUAAGGACACCUGCUGUUGGACACCUGCCUUAUAUGGAUGUAUCUGGCAGGAUACCUGCUGGGUAAACCCCACAAAUCUCAUUCCUCAAUAAGCCCAGGGCCAGGGCUGUAUGGAAUAAUAAUUUAAUGUUCACUGUG